UCGGCACUUGCCUUUGUUGUGGGGUCCGCUUUGCUCAGUCGCGAGCCGGCUUCCCCGCGACCCCUGCCGGGUGCGCCGCCCAGGGUGGCGUUGGGGGCGCGCCCCCGGUUCAAGCUCUGUAUCUGUAACGUCACACUGUUGUCUCCUGACUGGACCAUUUUUAAGAACUCACAUCGUUUUCAUACAGCUUAAAAGCAAGGGGAGAGGCGAAGCACAGAGAGCAGCAGAUCAGACCAUACUGAGCUCCCUUAGAGCGGCUGAGACCCGUGGAGGACGCUGGCUGCCAAGUGGCUGAGGAGGGCCUCACUCUAAGGUGGGAAAGGCGGUCUCAGCGGGACAGCUUCCUCUGCUCCUGGGCUCACCAUGGCCUUCACGCUCUGGCUGGACGGCUGAUGUGACCGUGUGCCCCACGUGUGCACGCCGCUGGACGGGGCGCCGUCCCAGGUACCGCCUGCUCUCAGGGCCGGGGAGCAGGGCAGGUGGGCGUCAGAUGCUACCAAAAGCCGGACGGGGCAGAGCGAUGGACUCCGACAAGCUAAGAUGGAAGUGAGCUGAGGCCUCGCCCAGGCAGGUUUCUCUUGACAGGACAGCUUAAGAGCUGCAGCACAGGCUUGUCUGGGGAGCAGUAUGCAGGAAGCUGGUUUUCAGGCCACAAAUGCUUUCACAGAGUGCAAAUUCACCUGCACCAGCGGUAAAUGCUUGUAUCUUGGUUCACUGGUCUGUAACCAACAGAACGACUGUGGGGACAACAGUGAUGAAGAAAAUUGUCUCCUGGUAACUGAGCAUCCACCUCCCGGCAUCUUCAACUCGGAGCUGGAGUUUGCCCAGAUCAUCAUCAUUGUCGUGGUGGUCACGGUGAUGGUCGUGGUCAUCGUCUGCCUGCUGAAUCACUACAAAGUCUCCACACGGUCCUUCAUCAACCGCCCGCAUCCAAGCAGGAGGCAGGAGGACGGGCCGCAGCCGGAAGGGCGCCUUUGGCCUUCAGACAGCUCUGGGCCUCGGCCAGGGGCCUCAGAGAUCAUGUAUGCCCCGCGGUCCAGGGACAGGUUUACGGCCCCAUCCUUCAUCCAGAGGGACCGAUUCAGCCGCUUCCAGCCCACCUACCCCUACGUGCAGCAUGAGAUCGACCUUCCUCCCACCAUCUCCCUGUCCGAUGGGGAGGAGCCGCCUCCUUACCAGGGGCCCUGCGCCCUGCAGCUCAGGGACCCUGAACAGCAGAGGGAACUCAACCGAGAAUCUGUGAGGGCCCCGCCCAACCGAACCAUAUUCGACAGCGACUUGAUAGACAUUUCUGUGUACAGUGGGGGCCCGUGUCCGCCGAGUAGCAACUCGGGCAUAAGUGCCAGCACCUGCAGCAGUAACGGGAGGAUGGAGGGGCCGCCCCCAGCCUACAGCGAGGUGAUGGGCCAGUACCCUGGCGCCUCCUUCUUCCAUCACCAGCACAGCAGCACACACAGAGGGAGCAGACUGCCGUUCCAGCAGGACAGCUCAGGGGCCACGGUGCUGCCCAUCCCGGGCAAGGACAGGAAGCCCGGGAACCUCGUCUGACCCUUCGACGUGCCCUGGAGAAGGCAGAAGCCGAGGAGGGCUGAGGGCCGCAUCGCCUCCGCUCCCAGGCACAGUGUUGUUCCGUUUCACGUGCUACAACGAAGUAAAACCAAAUGUGCAAACGUGGUCUUUGUUUCUGAUUCCUUUCAGGGGAAUUGCAUGCAGACUAGACUGAAAUAUUACAAACUUCCACCUGGUCUGACCACAAACAGUGUUUAUCUGGGGACAGGCGCCGGGACAGGGGCUGGUUUUGGCAAAGGGCGGGCAUGCAUGGGAACACAGAGAAAGGGAUGCUUUGAAGAGAUCAUGAAAUAAAACCCACAGAGGUAUUUGAUUUAUUUAAUUAUGAAAGGAGACUUUGCAGAGAAAGAGGCCGGCAUGGCCAAUUUUAUAACUAAUUGUUAAAGAAGGAUGCGUUAUUAUAUAGUAUCAUGGGGAAGGAUUGGCCAGUUUGCUUUUUCUCCCACGGUGUGGAACUUUUAUUUUGUCUUAAAAAUAUGAUUCAGAAUUCCCGUUUUGUGUGCCAAGGUAUCAAGUGAAGAAGUUAGGUGAGCGCAAGGACUUAAUUUGUGUUGUGAUGAUGUGUUUUUGCAAGUUGCACUAUCUAAAUGUCUGUAUACGAGGAGACUGUCCGGUGUGGAGUUCUGUGUGUUGUCUUCCCACCUGCGGAAGCUUACCAGGCCCAAGGAGCACCUGAGUGUCCCGUUACUCACAUGAGAAAAGGUGUUUGGGCUGGAGCCUCACACGCCAGCUUACAGAAACCAAGGCAGUGUGGCAGGAGUCUGCGUCGCACAGCAGUGCGGCUCGGAAGCGUUUGGAGACGUUUGGAUGGAAGAGAGGAAACAUGAAAUCCCAGCAUCUCUGACUUGCUGAGUUACUCUGCUAGUCCUAAGCUGCGUAUUUUAUCACGUUUGACCCUGACACGUGCACUUAUGUACCCAUAUCAUGCAGUGCUGCCCGAGUCCUCCAGCAGGGCAGUUUCUUCCGUAAUUUAGAGGGGUUUUUUUUUUUCAGUGUAGCAUGAAAUAUACUCAGAUACAUACAUUAUUUUAUGCAAUAAAUGGUUUAAAAUGCAAGGUGGUUAUUCUUAAUACUGUUGAACUAUGUGACUUCUCAGUGUAUCCUGUUGUCUCUCUCCUUUUCUAGAUAGCAGGUAGUUCAGUUCAGGCCUGGACAAGCUGUCAGUGCCCGGGAGGCUCUCGGCAGUGGCCCCCGCGUGGCCCGCCCGGCCGCGGUGUGCCAGAGAUGCCCCCAGUGGCUUCUCCACGCGCAGAAAGCCCCUGGAGCGUGGGCCAGAGAACACCACGGUGCCGAGAACCGUAGCAAGCCGUUGCACGUCACUCUUGGAGCAGUGCUGUGCUCAGGACCCGCCCCGGCUCCCAGGAGGGCUUCCUCUGCCCCUGCGGUGGUGGCCAGAACCAGCCAGUCAGUUACCAGACAGUGCGGGGCAGGGGUGGGGGACGGCGAGCCUGAGAGCACAGGAUAAAAAGCACAACACGCAGUUAAAAUGCAACUAGAAAGCUAAUUUUAAAUAUUGUUAGUCUUAGCUUUAGUAUUCCUGAUAUUUACAAACAUUUGCUCUCGUGGAAUAGAUAACUUCCUUCUGCGGAAGCCGCCAUCUGGCCUGUCUGGCAGCCGUGGCCUGUGGGUUCGGCUGGCGCCCUGCCCCGGCCGCACCCCUGGAGGCCUUGUCCACCGAGGCCGGACCUGGGCCGGCCAGGCCCCUGUGGCCUCUGCAUGUAGAACAAUGAAUGGACUGGAAUGAUGGAUGGCUCGGUGACUCUGAUCUCCGCAGUUUUAAUGCCAAGUCGGGACAUGUGUGUUCGUGUCUGUUUGUGGGUCUCCAGGGUGGUUUCUCAGGGAGGUGACUUUGUGCUGCGGGCUGGGGGCUGGAGAAUGUUCUGAACUACAAGUCUUGUCGGCUGCUCCUUUCUGCUGCUUCUCUUGGUCAGUAAGUGGCUGGUUUUUGUUUUAUUUUCAGGAUUGGAAUCCCUAUUAGAUUCCUCCAUUUCACACAGUUAAGAUCCACAGAACUCUUAAAAGAGAGAAAAAAGGUGGGCAGCAGUUGCAAGUAAGGUGUCAGACCCUAUUUGAAAGUUUGUGUGCCAGGCGUUGCCACAGGGCAUUCUGAGACCGGGCAGAUCGCUGGGAGCCUGGCCUCGGACCUGGAGACUGCCUCGCCCUCUUGCUGCGGGCACCCCUGCAGCUCAGCCCACUGCCUGGGCUGCAGGCCUGCGCUGAAGGCAGCUUGGGCAGCCCCUUGGCAUGAAGCCUCGCCUCCCCCUGGAGAGGAAUGAUAUCACCUAUGGGGGGCUCAGGGCAGGUUAUGGGUCAGGUGUCCUGUCAGAUGCAAAAGGAGGUCGGUCACCAUUCCAAACCUCAUCUGCAAUUUUGAUAAAGGGUGAACACCCCCCAUAGCUCUAGCUCAAAAUGGUUUCACGAUCCUUAUUGUUCUACCUGCUACAAGAAAUGAGCUAUGGUCAGAAACCGGCAAAUUCCUUAGUCCCUUUGCAAGUAUAUGAAUGUUUUCCAGAUGUCCACAGUAUUGGCAGAGCAAUGAUUUAAUUCAAAUAACUUUAAUCAUCUUUCAGAAGAGGUUCCUCCCAUUCUUCCACCCUAGAGAACUGCCCUUUGAGUUAAAUAGUUAUUUAAAGACACGGACCUAUCAAACCAUGGCUUAAUGGUCCUUGAGGCUGGACCUCUGUAAUGAAUUAAUUUAAAAGCCAAGGUCAUGAAUUGAAUUAAUAGUCAAUUUCCUUCACCGUGGGGAGAAGGUAAUCCAUAUCUUCUUGCAACUGUUGGCACCGCAUUGCCCCUCACUGACCCCGUGUGAGCCAAGGGGUGCCGUGAGGAGGCAGUUUGUACGGGGGUGAAUAUUCAAGAAGCUCACGUGCUUGAGGGAUGCACGGGGGUGGCUGGGGAACCAGAGUAGGCAAUCUGUGGUAGGUUUAUUAUUUCAGGGGGAUGUUAAAGUAAAAGAAUUUAUCGUUCAGAGGAGCAGUGGGUGGGAAGGGGUGCUCCCGGCAGCCCGCCGUGAUGCUCAUCCAUUGUCUCAGGACUUCCAGGAGCAGGAAACCCAAGGCAUGUUGGACCCCAUUUCUAGGAACACAGUUUUCAGGGGUAUGUUUGUCUUUUCAGAAAGUCUAGUGUUCUUCCGUCACCAAAGCAGUGCUCAGUACAAAAGAGAUUUUGCUAAACAAAUUGUGUACUUAAGGAAGAGUUGCUACAUUCUUUGUGUCCCUGAUGAAAAUUUAGUGUUAAAGGAGCUUGGCAAGCAUGCCCUCUGCUCUGCCCCACCACGUACGCACAUGGACACACAGCCCACGAGAAAUUUCAAGAUAGCCGAAGAGCAUAGUUAAUGAAACUUUACAAAGAUUUGCUGAUUUUAGCUCAAACUCUUAGCACAGGGGCGAAUGGCAGACCAGGAGGCCUUCAGAAGCACCUGCGUAAGAAUGUGUUGCACAGGUGACAGCGUCUUGGGCUUCUGAUUGUCUUCAUUGAUCUUCUUUGCCUGGACUUUGUAAGAAUGGGACAGGCUCACACGCAGGUGCUGCUAGAGAGCUGUUCUGACUUAGAAGCCGGUCAGAUGGCAGUUUUCCCUUUGGAAGCAGUUGCCCGCCACAGGGCCUCAGUCACCUUCCAUCCAGUUGCUUUUCUGCCUAGGGAGUGUCUGAAGGAGGGUCUUGGGGUUGGAGACUUGAAGGCAAGGCUGGGGGCUGCUCCCCAGCCCACUCCCGCUGUGUUUGCUGGGCUGGGGCCCCUGCUUGAGGUUUGCCACUUAGAGUGGCAACAUUCACUGCUGUCGUUUGGUAUCCCUUUUGUUUUUCUUCAGAUUCCCAAAGCUCAGCAGUGUGCGAAGGAAAAGAAAAACUGGAAAGGACACUUGGGUUUUGUUAACUUUUUGAUUUUGUCCAUAUGACGAAAACAAGGCAUAGGCCCGUGCUUGGGACCAGCCCCCCCUCCAAGCGCACCUCCCCACCCUGACAGCGCUCCCGCUCCUCACUGAACGGCCGUGACUCAGGCUCUGUUCUGCUAAUGUUCACCCAGAUCACCUUGGCCUUGGUGAGUCUAAAUAAAAUGACACAAACGGGGGACAGGCUGGCGGGUCUCCCCUCCCUAGUGGGAGCAACACUGUGGGUCCCAGUUUCCCGUCCAAGUCACAGGUGAAGACAGUGCUUUCACGCCAGAUCAUAGAAGUGGGUCUCAGCCUUGCUGCCCCCCGAAGCCAGCUGCCAGAGCCCUGCCAGAGGCCAGUGCGGGGCUGUGUGAAACACUUCCGCCUCGCCAUAGCCUACAUUUUUCAGGAACCAAGGUUUCAGCUGAGGUUAUUUUACUACCCAAAGUACUGCAUCUUUUGCGUAGUUCAAGUUUGUACUUUACCGCCAGGGUUAGACAGUUGUUUGCUGCUGCUGCUGCUGCUGCUGCUGCUUUCCAGGCCCGCUGCGUCAGGAGGCUGGUGUGUGUAAGCCGAAUGCCUUGCCAAGAAAGCGCCGCCUUCCUUUCAUCCUCUUUCCUUCCUCUGCGCGUGCUUGUCUGUGUGCAGUGUGGUGGGGGUCCCGACGCACUGCUCGCAUGUCGUGUUGCCCGUGGCGUUCCAAAGAGCUCUGCAUGCCAGUCGCUUUGAAGCCCCCACGGGGUCUCGUGCUGACUUCAGCAGACCCAGGAACCGAGCCCCCACCGCCGCACUCUGCGCCCACCUUUGUUGUGCCUCACUUACAAUGGUGCUUUUUCAGUUGUCUGUUUUUAUUUGUAAGGUGCUGUAUAUAACUUGAAUAUAUUAUGCACAUAUCCUACCCAAUGGGUAGAACAAAAAAAUUGUUAAUACUGUAAUAUAAUGUAUAGAUACCGAUUUUAACAGAAAUGGCAUAGAAUUUGUGAAUGCCUAUGUGCUUUGUCCUCUUUUGUAAGGAAAUUUGCAAAUGGAUGCAUACAGAUAAAAGUCUAUGUAGUUUAUUUUCCUAUUAAAUAUCAAUAUUAUAACACAAGGGAAAGAAGUCUGAACAAGCAAGCCACUGUUUAUGACCAGCAUAUGUAUAGCAAUUGAGAGUUGCAUCUUUGCUGUGAAAACCCUUUAAAAAAAAAUCCUACAGCUUUUUGGUUGCCAUUAGAUGCUUCUCAUUUUACUCUCUUCAGUAAUGCUCAGUUGGACCAGUGUAACAGAAAAAAAUGUUUGCAGUUUGUUUUAUGAAAAGAUACUAUGAUAUAGAAUAAUGAAGAUGUCAGCCCCCAGAUAAAAGUGCACAUUUUGUUAAAAUUUCAAAAAUUAUGUUUAAGUCAAUCAGCCUGCAGCAGAGGACUCUGUUCAGUACAGAGGCCCUUCCGGCCAUCUGUGUCCAGUCUCUCUGUGCCUUUUUCUUUGACAAACCGAAGCUGUGGAGCCAAUGAAUUUGUAGGGAAAGAUAUCUCAGGAAAAAUAAAUCCACUUAGGAGAAGACCCCACUCUUAGACAAACUGUUUUCUUUUGGGUUAUCAUUAGCAGAGAAUUAGCUAUCAGCCAGCCAAGUGAAGAAUCUUCUAUCCAUUCCUGUUGGCAUCUCGUGGUGAACUUGACAAGCGAGGUUGUGCCAGCGGUUAGGGAUUACGUUUUCAGUUGUGUGUUCUGUCACACCUCUUAUGCAGCGUUUAUCCUGCAGCUCAGUGUAUCUGUUAGGAUCUCUGCAUUUAUCUUCAAAUAUUCUGAUACUGAAAAAGGAAAAGCCUAGCACAUGUUCGCUAAAACCACUGGGUGUGCACAUCCUUCCCAGCGUUGUCCGUAAAGGCAGUCAGUGAAGUUUUGCCCAUCUGAUCCACAGUUCCACUCUGUUCUGUCACCAGAAUAAUAAAUUCCUUGUUUUUAUUUGCUCCAUGGUGUAUGUUCUGAUUUUGAAAAUCACAAGAGAAUCAUGCCUUUAUCCUCCAGAAAGCAAAUUAUUACCAAUUAUCCUUAAACUGAAAACACCUCUUCAACGCAACUCUUGAUGCUGAAGGAUUAAAGACCAGCCCUUCCCUCUCGGUCCUUUGUGAAAGGGCGUGACAAGAUAGAUAGUUAGCCUCGUGGGUGCUCGGUCCAGUCCAGCCCCGCCGUCCGCUCCCCUGUGUCCCGCAGGGGGCCUGUGCUUCUGGUUCAGCAUCAGGAGCCCAGGCCCACUGCUCUCAGGAGCGACACGUCCACCCUUCCAGGUUCCAUCUCUUGGGAGAACUGCUGAGCAUGAGUGUCAUCAGAGAAUGUCCUAGACUCAGAGGUACUAAAGUGUGUUACUGCACCAUUGCUUCCUUUCUACAGAACUGAGGCUUAAACUUUACUGUUAAUGAUACUGGUUUAUUUUAACGUGCUUGUCAGUAUAUUGCUAUUUUUCAUUUCAUGGCUUUCAAAAAUCACAUUUUCUAAUUGUAUUUGUCUAGUUUAAAGCUGUUUUAAAAUGUGUACAACACUAUUCACAGCAUUUAGUUCAUUUAAUUUUUAUUAUAAAGCAGCCUACUAAAAAAGUACAAACUGUAUAUGGACUUUUCAGUAGUUCAUGUGAGCUCUGAUAAUCAGAAGUCGUUAAAGUGUUUAACAGCCAUUUGUGCUUACUUUCAACAUAAUUUCCAGUUAUAUACAGAGAAAUAUUCCCAACUGUUGUGUAUCUGCCUCUUUUAACUGAGCAAUGGUGAUGUAGUUUUAGACCUAAGGUCUGUAAUUGCAAUACUUUUAAAGAUGUUGCUCUAAGUGCUGUUAGUUAUUAAAUCAGCUUUUUCUGCUUGUUCUUGGUGCUAUGGUCAAACCAUAGCACAAAAUCAUUAAAAAUAAUCAGUGAUAUA